AUGGAUUCGUACAAUAUCACAGGUGUGACAUUGGCAAAGACCCCACCAGUGACCACACAUCAGUGGCUUCAGCUUGGUGACGAUGAUCCUAUGUUCUUGGGCGCUAAAGCGCUUCAGGAACGUUACCGACUGGACACAAACUGCUACAAGAAUAACGUUCGAUUAGCAGCCGGAUAUCGCCAUAUGCCUGUGGUCCUACUGCAAAAUCCAUACAAGAAUCACGAUAAAGACUUUCAGGACAUAUUUACACCAGACUCCGCCUUAACAUGGACUCGAAAUAUCCUCGAAGAAAUCGGCCUAGAUAUCGAACAUGACGUUCCCGUCUUCGAUAUAUGCCCAAUGAUCAGCGAUGACUGGGCCCGGAUGAAAGCCCGGACUGGACAAUUGAGUGAAUUGCGGCAGGCGAUAAAGGACGCGUACGACUUGACUGCGCAAUACCUGGAGGCUCUACAGCCUUCUACCGUGGUUGUUCUACAGUGUGCAACUAAUCCUUGUUCGGUAAAGAAGCACGCCGUUCUCAGUAGCGUGGAACAUCCAGUUGCUCAGGUCUUUUGCUCUUCCAUGGCGGAGGCAAUGCAGAAAAGAUCGCGAAUAGUGCGAUUCAUGCAACGUGAGGUCCGUCUAGUGCCGGGGUUUCACCCCAGCAGAAUCACGCAUGAGACGGAUCCCGCUACGAAAAGGCUACUUGCCGCCACACUUCGUGACAUAUUAUCUGCUGUCUAUGUUCCAUACGCGCAGCAAAUCAAUGGGUCCGCUAAUGCGAAUUAA